AUGAAGAGAUUAACACUGUGGAAAAAAUCUUUUCCAUAUAGACGUUCAAAUCGUUGUGUCAAGCUGUACAAGCAUACAGUGAAACUAAUCUCUGCUCUGUUUCUUCCUCUUCUACUGGCGAUAUUUACUGUGAUUGUUACGUUUGAACAGCGAAAAGAAAAUUAUCAACAACGUUUUGAGGAUCGAGAAUUAGCUCGCAUUCAUCGAGAACAAGAAUUAAAUAUAUCGAUCUUAACACGUGAGGCUGAUAAAUUAGCUGCACGGUUACAACGUGAAAAUGAUCGAGAAAUAGCUGAAAGUCAAGGAAAUAUGUCUCGUCUAUUGGAGGAUUAUCGAUAUGAACAAGAACGAAUCAAAUAUCUCGAUAGUUUACUUGCAAAUUAUCUCGAUGAUAUUGGAGAAUUAUUAAAAGAAAAUAAUGGUUCAUUAACAUCGAGUUUCUUAGCUGCUGCUCUAGCACGAGCUAAAACUCUGCACAUCUUACGUAUGGGAAUAGGUUCAAUACGAAGCAGUCAAAUCAUUCAUUUUCUUUAUGAUGCUGGACAAUUAACUGUUAAUCACAAUCCUCUAGAUUUAUCCAAUGCUCCUUUAGAUGGCAUUCAUUUAAGUGAUUCAUCUAUGAAUUCAUUAUCGUUAGUACGUGCACGCUUAAGCAAUGCUUUCUUUGUUGGUCUAGACAUAUCCAAUGGAAAUUUUUCUGGAGCAUACCUUAAAAAUGCUAACUUUAGUCGAGCUAAUUGUAUGAAUGUUGAUUUCCAACAAGCUAAUUUGUUUCAAAGUGAUUUUUCUAAUGCUAUUCUAACCAAGGCUAGGUUUGAUCAUAACGAUGUUGCUUACUCAAAGUUUAUCAAUACUAUUCUUGUUAAUGCUAUAUUUCAUUCGACGGAUCUUUCAUAUGCUACUUUCACUUCUAGUGAUUGUACAAAUGCAAUAUUUGAAGAGACAGUAUUGAUUAAGUCUGAUUUUUCUUACACAACACUAACUCGAACACAAUUUCGUCGACUUAAUUUAUGGGGAACAACAUUUUCCUUCUCUAAAGCAGAUACUUUUCCCGGCAUGGGUUGCUUAUUUGAUUCUGUUCAAUUGGAGAGAUCAAAUUUUACUCAAGUUAAUCUACAAAGUAUGACAUUUAUUAAUUGCAAUAUGACAAAAAGUAUCUUCUAUCAAAGCAAUCUGCAAUAUAUUUCCAUCUCAUAUUCCGAAGCAACCAACAUAGAUUUUACGAACGCUAUACUUUAUAAAGGACAGUUGAAUCUAAGCAUAUUUAAAUAUGCUAGUUUUGUGAAUGCUAAUAUGAUUGGUGCAGUCUUCAAUUAUGUUGAUUUAUCCAGUGCCAAUCUAUCAGGUGCUCAAUGUUCCAACGAAGUUUGCUUUCGAAGUGAGCUUGUUUUUCUUGAAAAUACGACCUUACCGAACGGUACAUUAGGUAGUUGGAAAAACCUGAUUGAGAAGAGUCCCAUCCAAUGUAAUUUAUCAGUAGAAGAACAUGGCUGGCAUGUCAUGAGAAAAGAUUCUAUUGUCACUAAACCUGAUUGGAAUGGCUCUGAUCAAUGUGUUUUUACCCUUUCUCCCAAUUCAACCGAUGGAAAGAUGAAUCUAUUUGUCAAUCUUUCACGUUUCGCAUAUUUCAUUGAUACAGGACAAUCCUUUGCAUACAUCAAAAUACAACAAGGACAACAAGUAACUACUGGCAUCCGAACGGACCAAUUGAGCAAUGGAAGAUGGAAAUGGAUUCAUCAUCAGGCCAAUUCUAAGUUCAAGUGUACGACCAUGGGUUUACAUCCAAAUACAAGAAGCUUCACGAUCGAUGUUCGUUUUCAUACAUUGGUGGCUGCUCGUGAAGAACUUUAUAUCUACGACGUCGUUUCGACCAUGGGUCUUUGGUUGGAUACUUUAAACAUCACCAAUCUCCAAAAAGUGGAAUUUACAUGCUAA